AUGAACCUUCGGUGGAAGAUGAGGCAGCAUGGUAUGAUCGUGUUCGUCUUGAAGAGGGCUUUGCAGCGAGGGAACUUGGGGCAGCUCUGGAUGAUACUGAAUCAGAUGCGCAUUGAAAGGCCCAGGCAGGUUUGGGAGGAGCAUCCGGUCUUUAAGAGGCGCCUUAAGAAUGUGAGGCUUGAGAGAUGCGAUGAGGAUGAACGGAAUUAUGCCUUGAAGAAGCUCAAGGCGACGGUGCUUUUGGACCCGGCGGCUUCGGGCCUAGGGCUCAGCCUGGUCAAGCAGACGGGAGCAUUGGAGGCUGACGAAGUUGUGUCAGCUAGCUUCUGCGAUGCUUUUAGUGCAAAGGCUGCGGGAACACUUACCAAGCGAGCUUCGUCAUUGCAGAGAUUGGUUUUGCAACUGUACAAUCAGGGAGUGGAAUCUCCCUGGCGCAUGUCUGAAGCUGAUCUGUAUAAUGCAUUGACGGCGCUAAGGGAUAAUGGGUGUGGGGCUACAGCACCGGCCCAUAUCCUUGAGAGUCUUCGAUUUUUACAUGCUAUUGUAUGUUUUCAAUGCAUUGACCUGGAGGCAGUUAUUUCAGCUCGCUGCAAAGGCUUGGCUCAUUCGAGCUUCCUCGGCAAGGCGCCGUUGAAGCAGAGGGACCCUCUGUCUUGCAGUCAGGUCAAGGCGUUGGAGGGCAUAAUGGUCAAAGUUGGAGCUGUGGAGCAGUGCAUCUUGGGCCAGGUUCUCUUCUGUGUGCAUGCUGUUUGCAGAUGGAAGGAUGCUCAGCGUAUCAGAUCUUUGGAGCUGCUGGGUUCAGGUGAGAGCCAGGUCUUAUUUGGUGAUGCACUGGGCAGCAAGACAGCCUUGAGCAAGGAGGCGAAAACGAAGUUCACUCCAUAUGCAGCUUUGGCGCAGGGCCUCACUGAAUGUUAUGCUCUCCCUACGCGGUCAUUGCGCCUCGAUGCUUGGGGUUCGACACCGAUGGGAGCUGCGGAGGCUUCGGCUUGGAUUCAGGAGUGGUUGGCAGAUGCGGGUCCCGAGGCUAAGCAAGGUUCUGGCUCUCUACAGGACGAUCAGGUAGCGGAUGCGUUGAUUGAUGAGGAGGUGGCAGCUCGUGUGGAGCUUCAGCCUGAGGAGGUCGCGGCCGAGCAGCUCAACGCCUCGGACGAGGAUUCGGCUGAGUCUGAGGCGGAUGGGGAAGCUACGUGGCAACAAAAGGAGCGCGCAGAAGCCCCGGGUGCAGCAGUGACUGCAGGUCAUGAGGACGUUAGGAUUGUGCAUGUCAAGGUGAGCAUUGCAAGCAAAGUAUCAAGUUUUAACUUCAUGAAGGUUGGCUUAACCGAAGAGACCUUGCAGGGUCUCUUGGAGAAUGGCUACAACACGUUUGGUCGUUUGGCAUUCGCGGUUUCGGCUACCCCAACGACACUGACCGACGAGGCAGUCGACGCUUGGAUUGAGGGCUUGGGGAUUCGUCCUUCAGGGUUCCAGAAGGCCAGUUUGCGCAGGCUCCUCUUUGAUGGUGUCAGCAUGGCAAUUGAGGAGGUUAAGGCACGCAUUGAACCUGGUUUGGAGGGACAUCCCAAGAAGCUUGCGCUUCAGCUGAGCGCCUUGACCGACAGGCAGGCCUGGAGUCGGAGGUCGCUUGCCUUCGACCUUGCAAAUCUGGCCAGCUUCAAGGUUAUGGAAGAGCAUGUGCAGUUCCUGUUUUCUGUUUUGCAGCGAACGCAACCCAAGGGUUUCAUGAGCAUCCAACUGUCGCAAAUCAUCGAAGCUGACAAGCAGAUGUUUAUUUUGGCAAGCAACAACUUGAUGGGGAGGCUUACAGCUUCGGCAGGUGCAGCGCCGGCCCUUGACAGUGAAAUAACUCGUUUGUCCCGAAGCCCUGACAUCAUGCAAUAUUUGGCUCCUUUGCAAACCCCUCCUACGGUUCAACAGCCGUGGAAGCCCGAUGGAAAAGGGGGCCGGAAGGGUAAGGACAAGGACGGCAAGGGCAACAAGGGUGCAGCGCGUACCCCUCUGGAGUUGCCGGAGGGUUGUGUGACUAAGGAUGAUUCAAACCAGCCGCUUUGCUUCGCUUUCAAUACGCAUGGCUGCAAGAAUCAGUGUAAGAAGGGCAGGAGCGUCUUCCUGGUCAUGUUUUCUCCAGUUGCGGCAUUUUCUCCGAUUCGCCCACUCCGCUCCACAAAGAUGAAAGAAACGCACAUUGGUGCCGGCAGCGACAUUCGUGUGUGCAACGAUGCAGAACUGAGUGGUUGUGUGCACGAGCUUGGCAGCGCGUGGUUCUGGGAUUUCUUGGCGAAGCAUCGGCCCUUUGCAAUCCACAUGGGAGUGCCGUGUGGAACUAGCAGCAAGGUCUAUCUGAAGUUAUCUUUGAUCAGUGUUGCCAUGGAGGUACGCUCGGUGCUUGGCCAGCCGGGCGCUUGCACUAGGCCCAACUUGAAGCUUUUGCGCUCAUCUAGAGGGGGUCAGGCAGUAAAUCCUUUCAGCCAGCCGGCAUCUGUUUCGGAUCAGAACUUUGAUGACCUUGUUCAGGAGAACCUCACUAAGGAUCCCAAAUUGAUUUCCCUCAAAAGAAACCUGGCCAUUGCAAAAGUGAAGCAGGAAGUUUCUCGCCACCGAGACAAGGAGCUGCAGCUGCACAGUUCCAUGCACCCAGCAGUGGCCAAGGUGAUGAAGGGCAAGAACAUUCUUGCUUUGGAGUCUCUUUUGCAAUCUGAGGGUUACGAUGACAUGGGUGCCAUUGCUUUUCUCAAGGAAGGGGUCCGUUUGGUGGGCACUUCUGAGUGCCCCGAGUGCUUCGACCGCAAAAUUGUACCUGCCCAACUCACCGAGGGUGAACUCUUUGAGACAGCUGCAGAAAGGCGCGAGGCUUUGUUGCAGAAGUUUGAAAAGGUUGAACCUCGAGAAGCUGAAGCUCUGAAAGAGGCCACCGAUGGCGAGGUGGCUCAUGGUUUUCUUGAGGGCCCAUACUACGACAAACAUGAAGUGUCAGCCAAACUGGGAACCGAUCAAUGGACCAUUAUAAGAAGAUUUGUCCUUUUCCAAGGAGCUGAACAAAAGGCUCGGCCAAUUGACAAUUGCUUGGAAUCGCAGCUGAAUGCAGGGUACUCCGCUAGCAUCCACUUGCGUCUGCAGGACUCUGACUAUAUUGCAUCGAUGGCUCUGCAUGUUGCAAAGGCGAUCAGCGAGGGCCGAGCAGCAGUCAUCAUAAAGGGAGCCAGUCGAAGCUGGGCUAUGCAUGAGCUUGCUCGACUGUUUUCUGAGCUCGACAGUCAAUACCCAUCUAUGUGGUGGGUGUGCCGAGUGCCCUCGUUCUCGAAUCCUGGAGAUGCGCCGUCCAGAGGUCAUGGCAGCGAGGCUAUGACGGCGGUGGGAGCAUCAAAAGUUCAGCGAUUCAGCAGGCUAGAUGAGUUGUCUGAGCGUCUCUGCGCCUUCAAGAGAGCCUCAGUGAUCAGGGGCGUCGGGGCUUCUUGA